CUACGUCGUGCAAUUCAAUGGUAACAUCUUCACAACAAUUGAAGACCGUUAACACGAUUUUCGUUUGGCAUUAUGCUAAUUUUUUAUCCCACCUUUUCCUUGAGGGGAUCCCCUCUCAAAUGAUAUACGAGGAAAAUUAUUUUUUUAAGACGGUGACUAUUGGUUUGUGUGAAAGCGAUACCGUUCUCACUUCUUCCUGGUUUUAGUCGAGGAUAGCAAGAUAGGUGUACAAAAAUACGAUCUGUUAAUUUCUAACGGUCGAGCGGACAGUGUACCAACAUGACGAGAGUUUCGCUGUCAACUUUUGCAAUUAUUUGCAUGCUUCACACAGUAAUUAAGAGUCCUGCUCAAGCAUAUUCAGCCCGUGCUGUUGAUUCUGGUUCAGAGGCAUGGAAAAGAAUACCGGAAGCAACAGAUGACGGUGAUCCCAAAUUUGGACAGAUUUUCUUAACGAAAAACUCCAUGACAUUUGGACAGAUUGUUGAGGAGUAUCCUGAAGCUACCAUAAAGGAGUUGUUGUCAGAAGCUUCACCACUGAUCCGCCAAUACCUCAAGAGGGCCAAAGUUCCAGGAUUCGGCAACAGACAUAACUCUUUUGACAAUUCUGAACACGAGGGGAUGUGCAGAUCCAUACAGUCAGUACAACAUCCUGAAAAACUCCAAAAUACGAAAGGAGAAUGGAAGACCGUAGUAAAUGUAGAUAAAAAUUAUCAACCUGUUUAUACAGAGAUCUGCAAGAAGCAAGUUACCUGCAGUCUCAAAGAAUAUUUUCCUCUCGAAUACGAGUCAGAAUGUAAGCAGAAGUAUUCAGUGAAACGUUUACUGGUUGCAGUUGACAAAGAUUUAGUCUGGGAUAAUUUUGAUAUACCUUGUGGAUGCAUUUGUGCGAUAAAAAGACCAACACCUGUGUGAACACUUUAUGUUAUGUAAAUAAAAUAUUAGUAAUAAGAGA